ACUAAAUGUCAUGAAUUUUGACGCAUUUUUCCUUCUUUUCGUCAUUAGAUAUUGAAGAGAGCACCUCGUGUCUCCUUAAAAAUGUCUCAUCGUAAAUUCUCAGCUCCCCGCCAUGGGUCAAUGGCAUUCUACCCCAAGAAGCGUGCCGCACGCCAUCGCGGAAAGGUCAAGGCCUUCCCCAAGGAUGAUCCUGCCAAGCCAGUGCACUUAACCUGCUUCAUGGCAUACAAAGCUGGCAUGACUCACAUCGUUCGUGAAGCCGAUCGUCCCGGAUCGAAAAUCAACAAAAAAGAAGUUGUUGAAGCCGUCACCAUCUUGGAAACGCCUCCAAUUGUCGUCGUUGGUGCCGUCGGCUACAUUGAAACUCCUCAUGGCCCACGUGCUCUCGUCUCAGUUUGGGCACAACACUUGUCCGAGGAAUGCCGUCGUCGUUUCUACAAGAACUGGUAUGCAAGCAAGAAAAAGGCUUUCAGCAAGGCCAGCAAGAAAUGGACCGAUGAUUUGGGCAAGAAGAGCAUCGAAGAUAACUUCAAGAAGAUGGUUCGUUAUUGCAAAUACGUUCGUGUCAUCUGCCACUCUCAGAUCCGUUUGAUCAAGCAAGGUCAAAAGAAGGCCCACAUCAUGGAGAUCCAACUCAAUGGUGGCUCCGUCGAAGACAAGGUCAACUGGGUCAAGGAACACUUGGAAAAGACCGUUCCCAUCAACCAAGUUUUCGCCCAAGACGAGAUGAUCGAUUGCGUUGCCGUCACCAAGGGUAAAGGUUUCAAGGGUGUCACUGCACGUUGGCACACCAAGAAAUUGCCCCGCAAGACGCACAAGGGUUUGCGUAAAGUCGCCUGUAUCGGUGCAUGGCAUCCAAGUCGUGUCGCCUUCACUGUAGCCCGUGCCGGUCAAAAGGGUUACCAUCACCGUACUGAAAUCAACAAAAAGAUCUACCGUAUCGGUGCUGGAAUCCACACUCGUGACGGAAAGGUCGUUAAGAACAACGCCGCUACCGAAUACGAUUUGACCGAGAAGACCAUCACCCCCAUGGGUGGCUUCCCAUACUACGGAGAUGUCAACCAUGACUUUGUCAUGCUCAAGGGAUGUUGCAUCGGACACAAAAAUCGCGUCAUUACCUUGCGUAAAUCGUUGUUGGUGCACACCAAGCGCUCCGCUUUGGAACAAAUCAACCUCAAGUUCAUCGAUACUUCAUCCAAGAUCGGUCAUGGUCGCUUCCAAACCCCUGCCGACAAACGCCAAUUCAUGGGACCUCUCAAGAAGGAUCGCAUCCGCGAAGAAAAAUUGGCUGCUGCCAAGGCUACAGCUUAAAUGCAGUAAUUUACACACUACUGUAACAAAAAAACAACAACAAAAAAUAUUUCUUAAUGAAAUAAAUUUCAAAAAAACCCAACAAAAAUUUUUUUUUC